AUGACCGCUUAUAAAAACGUCGCAAUCGCUGGCAGCACAGGCAUUUUGGGACCCUCAGUAGUCGAGGCCUUCCAAAAGUCCCGACACUUCAACAUCACAUUACUUGCAAGGGCAAAUACCAUUGAUGCCGUCAGGGCCCAAUUCCCCAGUGUUAAAGUCGCACAAAUCGACUACGAUUCUCCCGAAUCCCUCACCAAGGCCCUUCAAAACCAAGAUGCUGUCGUGUCGGCGCUGAACCACGAGCUUCAUAAGCCGCAAAUCGCUCUCAUUGACGCGGCGAUCAAAGCUGGCGUGAAACGAUUUAUUCCUUCCGAGUACGGAGCUGACGCGAGUAUUCAAGAAGUUCGCAAUGUUCCGUACCUCCGAGGCAAAGGAAUCGUUCAAGACUACCUCACCAAGUCCGGCUUGUCGUAUACAUUCCUAUAUACUGGGCCAUUCCUCGAAUGGGCAAUAUUAAAGGGCUUUUUCUUGAACCCUGACAACGCUGACGCUCACGUAUGGAAUGGAGGAGACAUCCCCAUCGGCACAACGCUGUUAUCAGAUGUCGGUUUAGCAAUUGUCAACACCUUGCUGAAGCCUUCUGAAACCGAAAACCGCCAUCUAUACGUCGCUUCUCACGUUACAACGCAAAAUGAGAUUCUGGCCGCUGCCGAUAAAGCAGGCCGAUCGGGCGAGCCUGGAUUUAUUCGCGACUUUCUCUCCGCCUGCCUAUAUAAAUUUCAUCGGAAGUAUAAAAUUGAUGACCAGAGAGACAAUGAUUUGCUUGGGGUUAAGACGUUAAGCGAAGAGGAAUUUAAGCAAGUUGUUGCAAAGGCUCUAAAUUGA